AUGGCUUCGUCGAAGACGUCGAAUACGUACAACAGGCAAAAUUGGGAAGAUUCUACCUUCCCGAUUCUCUGUGAGACAUGCCUUGGACCGAGCCCGUUUGUGCGCAUGAUGAAAGAGCGCUACGGAAAGGAGUGCAAAAUCUGCUCUCGUCCCUUCACAGUUUUCCGGUGGAGCCCCGGCCCUAAAGCUCGGUUUAAAAAAACUGAAAUCUGCCAGACCUGUGCCAAAGUCAAAAAUGUCUGCCAGACUUGCAUCUUUGAUUUAGAAUAUGGCCUACCUGUCGAAGUACGGGAUAAGGCCCUCCGACUAAAUCAGCAACUCCCUCGCAGUGAUGUAAACCGCGAGUACUUCCACCAACAAAUUGAGCAGCAACUAGAAGCCUCAGGUGAUGUUACUGCUCCCUAUGGCGGCCAUGAACUCAUUGGCAAGGCCAUAGCCGGUUCUAACACUGCAGCUGGCACUACAAGCUCCGAUUUGCUGCUUAAACUGGCUCGUACCACGCCAUACUACCGCAGGAACCGGCCUCACAUUUGCUCGUUCUGGGUGAAAGGUGAAUGUCGCCGUGGUGAAGAGUGUCCCUACAGGCACGAAAAACCCACCGAUCCUGAUGACCCACUCUCCGACCAAAACCUUCGUGAUCGUUACUACGGCAAUGACGAUCCUGUGGCCGCCAAGCUUCUGUCCAAGUACCGUUCGAUGCCGAAGUUGACACCGCCGGAGGAUCGCACCAUCACCACCCUCUACAUUGGUGGUGUGCCUGAGGAGUUAACGGAGAAGGACUUGCGCGACCACUUCUACCAAUUCGGGGAAUUGCGUUCCGUCAGCAUACACUACAAACAACACUGUGCCUUCCUACAAUUCACCACUCGCGAAGCGGCUGAGAAAGCCGCUGAGCGUAGUUACGAUCGCCUGAUCCUCAAGGGCCAUCGAUUAACUCUAAAUUGGGGCAAGUCUCCAGCGGCAUUGGCUGCGGCGAAUGCGGGAAUCAGCGUGAAUGGUGCCGUCGCCGCGGAUGCCCUGCCACCCGUUCCGGGCCUGCCACUUCCACCAGCGCCGCCGCCACCUUCGUUGCUCCCUUCCACCUCUGCGUACCAAAUUGCAGGACCCGCUGGGUCAUUCUUCUCGGCUCCGCUGCCCCCACCUCUUCCCAUGCCCGUGGUGCAGCUUGCUCCGCCUGUUGUUGAUCCCAGUGCAGCGUUUAUGGCUGGCCAACGGGGUCCGCCGCCUCCUCCGUUACUGGCACCGCCGCCACCGCCACCACCACCUCCGGCAGCGGCUGUGGGAGCAGCAGCCCUCGCAAACCUCCCUCCCCCUCCACCACCCCCAUCGUCCGUUGCCUCGCUCAUGCAGCAGCAGCAGGCGACCGCUCUGCCGACUAGUAAUGACGACGAACCCUCCAUCUCACAGGGCAUCGCAAAGGACCUCCCUUCACUGGGCAUUCACUACCCCAGCCAGAACCCCCAGCGCAUGGGGAGCGUGCCUCAAACCCAGAAGCAUCUGUAG